AUGCGAGCGUGGCUACACUUAGUUGAUCGUAAUGGUGGAAUUUAUCGUUAUCGAUGGGGUGAUGCACCUAUCCAUACAUUAGCUUUGACUCAAUUCCUUCAACGAAAUGAAAUCGUUCGUUUGAGAUAUUUUGGAUAUUUUCAUCGGCGCGAAUAUGUUUGUGCCAAUGGAACAGAAGAACAAUUAUGUAAGCAAGAAGUAAAAUCAUUUCUAACAAAUCCUCAUGUUCAGUAUCUAAAUUAUGAUGAUGGAUGUCAUCCUUCUUCAAAGAUACCUUUAUGUCAUUAUUAUCCUGAGAUAAAAUAA